CGACAUUAUAUAAUGGCAGCAAAGGAAUUGCGUAAUUUAGUAUUUGUUUCUGGAAACAAAAACAAGCUCAUUGAAGUCCAGGCCAUUCUGGCUGAUACUGUGAAUGUAGUUUCGCACAAGGUUGAUUUGCCCGAACUUCAAGGGACGUCACAGGAUAUUGCCAAGGAGAAAUGCAAGAUGGCAGCAGAAAUUCUCAAUGGACCUUGUAUUACUGAAGAUACAAGCUUGUGCUUCAAUGCAAUGAAAGGUCUUCCUGGACCAUACAUUAAAUGGUUCUUUGAUGCUCUUGGACACGAUGGCUUGAAUAAGAUGCUUGAAGGCUUUGAAGAUAAGUCGGCCUAUGCACUCUGUACUAUUGGAUUUUGCAAGGGUCCUGGGCACGAGCCCAUUAUAUUUGAAGGAAAAACCAAUGGAAAAAUUGUGCCACCUCGUGGAUCUGGCAAAUUCGGGUGGGACGCUAUUUUUCAACCAGAUGGGUUCGAUCAAACAUACGCUGAACUUUCCAAAGAGAUCAAGAAUACCAUCUCCCACCGAUACAGAUCUCUUGAACUUCUCAAGACCCAUCUUGCCCAAGAACAGGCUAAAUGAUUGCUAACUAUCUAAUAAUAUAAUGAUCGAAUGAUCGGAUGAUCGGAUGAUAUGUGUAUGUGUAUGUGUAUAUGUAUGUGUGAGCCUGGUGAUCUUGUUGUAAGUAAGGUUAAAAAUAAAAAUAAACCCACCGAAAAUGGAUUUUGGAUCUAA